AUGACAGCUUCUAGUGGGGAAAGCAAUAAAGUGUUAGAUACUACACAAGAAUUAUAUUUAAAACAUGUUUGGGCAAGUUUAUUGAAGUUUUGGGGGAAUGAAGUAGAUGACUCUCAAGUUGUCUCUUUAAUAGCAAAGAAUAGGUCUAGUGAUUCCAAAACAGAUUCAAAAAAGUCCACCUCAUUCUUUGGUGGUUGGGGUGGUGGAAGUUCAUCUGCUAAAAAUGAUGAUAAGCAUGAGGUUGCCCAUAACCCUUUCACCAAAUAUCAUUUAGAAAAAAAGGAGUCUGAAUGUUUGUUCUGGAAUUUAUUGAAUACUGAAUCUCCUGAUUCAUUCAUUUUAAGAUUCUUAAGAGCAAGAAAAUGGCAUGAAGGUAAAGCUCUAUCAAUGCUCGUUCGUUCUUUACAUUGGAGAGUACAUGAUGCUAAUACAGUGGAAAUUAUUAACCACGGUGAAUGCUAUGCCUAUAAACAUAAGAAAGAAGGAUUAAUUAAAAAUCUAGAAAUGCAGAAAGUUGUUCAUAGUGGUUACGAUUUAAAGGGAAGACCAAUUUUAAUGGUGAGAGUUAAAUUACAUUACAGCAAAGAUCAAUCAGAAGAAGAAUUGGAAUACUAUGCAUUGCUAAUAAUCGAACAAACCAGAUUAUUCAUGAAAGAGCCUAACAGAGCAGCUACAAUCCUAUUCGAUAUGACUGAUUUUUCAAUGUCAAAUAUGGAUUACACUCCUGUCAAAUUUUUGAUUAAAAUAUUCGAGGCUCAUUAUCCUGAAUAUCUAGGAAAUUUAAUUAUCCACAAUGCGCCAUGGUUAUUCUCACCUAUUUGGAAUGUAGUCAAAACAUGGUUGGAUCCUGUCGUUGCAUCAAAGGUUAAAUUUACAUACAACGUUAAAGAUUUAUCAAAAUAUAUGAGUAAUGACCAAAUCCCACAACAUUUAAAUGGUACUAACGAUUUGAAAUUAAACGAGUAUAUACCAAUUGACGGUUCUGCAGAUACUAAACUAAAGGAUAAAGAAACUUUUAAGGCUAUCAUGGAUGAAAGAGAUAAGAUUAUCCAUGAUUUAUAUCACUUAACUGUGGAUUGGAUUCAAACUACUGAUACUUUGGAAUCUAAAAGUAUAAACGAAAAAAGAAAAGAAUGCAUGGCUAGACUAUCAGAUAACUACUCCACUUUGGAUCCAUACAUCAGAUCAAGAUGUGAAUACGAUCUGACAGGUAUAUUGCAUAUUUAA